GAACAGCCAAACGACGACGAGAAGCGCAACCGAUAAGAAGCAGCGCAUGGUUUUCUUGUCGGGUCCUGAAAACCGAGAAUGGUCUGGUACAAAAAAGUCAAGUUGAGCUCUCUUUUUCCGCCCCUUAACUCCACCCCACACACACAAAUCACAUCACAUCUUACGUCUCUUUCGAAACACAAAAAGCUCAACUGCGGAAAUAAGGUUUCGUUCGACUUCUCGGACCGUUGCCUGCCCUUCUCUUUCUCGUUACCGACCCGUCCACCACUUCAUUCGUCAUGGCAUCUGCAACUUACCAAACUGUUCCUGUCGAUGAUCAACCAUUGCCCGCCACCGACCGACCCAAGCGAUCCCGUUCCUUGGUGGCCACUUUUAUGCUGGCGGUGUGCAUCAUCUCUUUUGUCCUGCAGACAGAACUCGCUCAGUAUGUGCAGAAAACUACAAGCUAUCAAAAGCCAUACUUUAUUCUUUAUGUCGGCCACAGUUGCUAUAUUUUCAUGCUGCCAAUUCAAUUCUUUACCGAGUGCAUCGUGGCCACCCCAGACAAACCUUUCAACUUGAUGUAUCACGUCAAAGAGACAGCGGCAUCUUGUCGGAAACACAUCCAGCGAUCCUUGGCCGAACUGCGGCGAGAGCAAGCGGUUUCCGAAAAGUAUUCCGAUCUUCACUUCAUUGUCGUCAAAAGUAUCUGGGUGGCGAUCGCUCUCACUGUCCCAGCGUACUUGUGGUAUGUCAGUGUGAAUUUGACCAGCAUGUCCAACUUGACAGCCAUCUACAACACAAGCUGUUUCUUUGCCUAUUUGUUUUCCAUAUUCAUGCUCGGCGACCAAUUAGUCGCCUCCAAGAUCGCGGCGGUGGCUCUAUGCAUGCUGGGCGUGUUUGCUAUGGCUUAUGGCGAUGAGAACGACGAUACCGACGAUCAUUCCAUCCUUGGUAUCCUUGUUGCCCUGUUGGGAGCCGCCACCUAUGGAUUUUACGAAGUCUAUUACAAGAAAUACGCUUCUCCGGUCCGAUCCACUGUUUUGUUUGCCAACUUUGUAACAGGACUUAUUGGUGUCAUGACACUUUUGCUGUUAUGGAUUCCCAUUCCCCUGUUACACUUGACGGGCUACGAGCGUUUCGAAUUACCUGAUCUUCGCACUUUUGUUUACAUUCUCGGCGUGGCCUCCAUGAGCCUUGUUUAUAAUGCCAGUUUUAUGUGUGUCAUUGCUUUGGUGAACCCGGUGUUUGCCGCUGUCGGUGUGAUGCUUACGGUCCCCGCCGUAGCCGUCGUCGAUGUUUUUGUCACAGGCAAUAUGGUGCCCACCUCUACCAUUACAGGCAGUGUAUUAAUCCUGAUCGGUUUUGUCAUUCUCAAUCAUCGCGUCAAGAAAGAAGAAUCAGAACAAUAGAUAUUUCAUAGUAUUAUACCUCUCUCUCUCUUUGUCAUGUUUGACAACCCCUCCAUUCGUCCCUCUCUGCCCCCCCAAAAAAAUAAAAAAUAAAGCCAAAAUUGGAUACGUGUAAC